AUGUUGAUCGCCAACAGUCUCAAGUUGACAGCAAUCAAGACAAAGACGUGCAAACGAAGCAGAAAGGUGCCGCCUCCCGUAGUGACGGACCUCCCUGCACGAUCGACGUCUGGGUCUGUUACAUCGACUCCACGCACCAAACCACGAACGCCCACUGACGAAGCAAAAAGGAAAGAUCGUAUCGGCAAACGAAUGGCCGCCAAUCUGAUCGCUGAACAAGUGUUGGGUAUACGGACGUACGGGAGCGCGAAGGAGUUCUGUAUUCGCUGGCAAGGAGUGGAAAAUCCCCUGUGGAUAGCACGUCGCAAAGCCCCUCCCCAAGCGAAAGAGCUCAUCGACGUGUACGCAACAGAAUUACGUCAGGCGGCGUUUUACACUGUCGACCAUAUCGUCAAUCACCGCCUGUUCAACAAGAAACGGGAGUAUCUUGUGCGGUGGGAACACUACGACGAGAGUGAAGACACGUGGGAGAAAGCUGAAAAAUUGCGUGCAGAUGUGCCGGAGAUCGUCCACACGUACGAGGAGCAACUGCACCGCAAUCGUGCUCGAACGGAAGCAUUUAAUUCCGCAAUGUCCGAGCUGACUCGCGACGCAGAGCCGAAGUCUUCAACAAAGAAACGGAAACAUGGGGAAUCUAGCCACGAGGAGAAGCGACUGCGCAUUGCUACGGACGAGGAGAACGAAAGAAAAGCUGUAGACGACGACAGUGCCAGCGAAAACGACUACCAGUUCGAGAUGGAAGAGGCAGAGCUGGACGAGUUUAGUGACGAAGAGUUCGCAGACAAGUUGAACAGUUGA